CUCAGCUGACUUUUCUGAUUGAGCCCUGGAGUUGCGAGUUUUAACGUUUUUGUUCGAUUGUCGAACGUUUUGCGCUUGAAAAUGCCAGUUCGCAGCGCCUGGGCGUCGAGCAAGGUAUGAUGCAAUCCUCGGACCAUGUACCUCUUCACCAAGGCGAAUCUCAUACGCUUCCUAGCCGGCGCGAUAUGCUUGUUGCUGGUGCUUAACUUUGUGGGCUUCCGCACCGAUGGAGGCAGCGGCACGUCCCUCAGCAAGCUCAGCAUUCGGCGCGUGCACAAGUAUGCUCAUAUCUACGGGAACGCUAGCAGCGAUGGAGCCGUAGGCGGAGAAGCAUCCAGGCUGCCCGCUUCCCCGCUCGCCUUAUCCAAAGACAGAGAGCGGGACCAGGAGCUCAAUGGCGGACCCAACUCUACCAUAAGAACUGUGAUUGCCACGGCAAACUUUACUUCCAUUCCACAAGACUUAACGCGCUUCCUGCUGGGCACAAAGAAAUUUUUGCCCCCGCGACAGAAAUCCACAUCCGCCCUCCUUACCAACUGCACUGAUCCCGAUCCCCGUGAUGGUGGACCCAUCACGCCCAACACGACACUGGAGUCACUGGACGUUAUUGAGGCAGAGCUUGGACCUCUACUGCGCCCUGGUGGCGCCUUCGAGCCUGAAAACUGCAAUGCACAGCAUCACGUGGCCAUUGUGGUGCCCUUCCGCGAUCGAUACGCCCAUCUAUUAGUUUUCCUGCGCAACAUCCACCCAUUUCUGAUGAAGCAGCGCAUCGCCUAUCGCAUUUUCAUUGUAGAGCAGACCAACGGGAAGCCCUUCAAUCGGGCUGCCAUGAUGAACAUUGGUUAUUUGGAGGCCUUAAAGCUGUACCAGUGGGAUUGUUUUAUAUUCCACGAUGUCGAUCUUCUGCCUUUGGACGACCGCAAUCUUUACAACUGUCCACGUCAGCCGCGGCACAUGUCAGUGGCUAUAGACACGCUGAACUUCAGGUUGCCUUAUCGAUCAAUAUUUGGAGGUGUUUCCGCAAUGACGCGUGAGCACUUUCAGGCCGUAAAUGGGUUCUCAAACUCGUUCUUUGGCUGGGGCGGCGAGGAUGACGACAUGUCCAACAGGUUGAAGCACGCCAACCUAUUCAUAUCAAGGUAUCCGGUCAACAUAGCCCGCUACAAGAUGCUGAAGCAUCAAAAGGAAAAGGCCAAUCCUAAGCGCUAUGAAAACUUACAGAAUGGCAUGAGCAAAAUAGAACAGGAUGGAAUCAACUCGAUAAAGUAUUCUAUCUACAGCAUCAAACAAUUUCCAACUUUCACCUGGUACUUAGCAGAGCUAAAGAACUCCGAGCGCAAAAGUUAGCCUGCAUAAAAGACAGCGUUACAAUACGUGACCUUUCCAACUCUCAAAUAUGCGUAUGUACAAAGGACAACAUUACUUUCACGAACGGUAGUCUCUUUUAAUAGAAUGACAGAUCAUGGCGGCAUGGUUAGAAUAUUAGGCACAUAUUGUGUAUAUGGUAGUAAGUCCAGUAACUAUACUCAUAUUAUGAUGCAGUAUACUUUUAAUCCAUCAUUUAGCUUCAAUUCGUAAUCCAAGAACAACAAUAAGAACUCGUCUCUGUAGCAAUAAUCCUCCCGUUUCACUACUCAAAGUGCUCAAUGAUACUUAUCUAUAUAAUAUACCUCUGUUGAUUUUUGUAUUGUUUUAUGUUGUUUUUAGUUUUUUGUUAUUUGACUAUAGUGUUUUUUAUUAACUUCUCAAAAGACAGCUACACCUAUUCCUACAAGGUGAAAUGUAGAUAUUACUUUUGUGAUAUGCAAAUUGUUAUUCGAUCAGAACGAUUUAUACCAAAAUAAACUUAU